UUCUUGACUUAUAUUUUGCAGGAUGGAGGUUUGCUUCUGAAUAAUCCUUCAGCAUUAGCAAUGCACGAGUGUAAAUGCCUUUGGCCAGAUGUCCCAUUAGAGUGCAUCGUGUCCCUAGGCACUGGACGUUAUGAAAGUGAUGUGAAAAACACCAUGACAUACACAAGCUUGAAAACCAAACUGUCUAAUGUUAUCAACAGUGCUACAGACACAGAAGAAGUCCAUAUAAUGCUUGAUGGCUUGUUACCUCCUGACACCUAUUUUAGAUUCAACCCUGUAAUGUGUGAAAACAUACCUCUAGAUGAAAGUCGAAAUGAAAAGCUGGAUCAGCUGCAGUUGGAAGGGUUGAAGUACAUAGAAAGAAAUGAAGAAAAAAUGAAAAAACUUGCAAAAAUAUUAAGUCAAGAAAAAACAACUCUGCAAAAAAUUAAUGAUUGGAUUAAACUGAAAACUGACAUGUAUGAAGGCCUUCCAUUCUUCUCAAAACUGUGAUGAGUAUAUGUAUAAAUUCUCAGAAAUGAAGGCUUGUUCAAGAUCCACCAAAUUCAAUAAGGAAUUGUAGGAUUCAGCAUGAGUUAACUUGAAAAUCCUGAACGAAUCCUAAGGAAUCCUGAAAAGACCGGGCCUGGACCAGCUGUCACAGCACAGAGGGUAUGCUCAGUUACAGAACUCAUAAGGGAAUGCUUAUGGGAAGUCAUAGGUUUUUAUGAUGUUAAUAAUUGUGCUUUAGGAAUCUUAUUGUGCUAGUUUUAGUAGAUAUUGGUGUUACAUUGUUUGAUGUUUGAAAAUUUAUUAAUAUAUGUGCCAAA